AAUGAUCUUUUAUUUUAUAGGUACCCAUUUUAUAUUCAUUUUAUAUUUUACCAGUCGUAUAUAGACAUUUGUAUAAUAAAACAUGUUUAGAAAUAGAGUGUAUGUACUUCAUUAGAAACCUGUGAUCUAAAAAGUAAUCUGACGUCCUGGGCCGGAACUGGCCGGGUUCUGUGGUAGGCCUGGGCCAUGAGAUUCAGUCUAUAGUGUUAAAAGCAUUGUAGAAGAGCUCAGUUUUGAUACAUAAGGCUCAUACUAGAAACUGACGUAUGUAUCAGAAAUGAUACACGCGGCCCACUUGGUAACAUGGGGCGUGUAUCAUUUUUGAUACACAUGGCCCUGACUGUUAAUAUAUGGAAAAACCUAAUGGCCCGUGCUAAAUGAAUUGUGUCAUAUGCCCUGGCGCUGAAUGUGUUAAGUUAUGAUUUAUAAUUUUUUUAAUUGGAAUUGGCGUGAAUUAAUAUGCAAGCGAAUUCUAAUUUCUGUGUUUAUCGCGUUAUGUGCAAUAUAUUUGUUUGCUUCUAGGACUGAAGAAAUUCACUCCUUACAACCGGGAAAUGAAAUAAAUCAGAGUGCGAAUGAAAAUAUCUUGUUCAUUGGAAUAACAUCCAGUCCUUACAAUUUCCUACAGCGCCAUAGUGUGAGAAGUACAUGGUUAUCAAAACUACCUAACUUAUUUCAUUAUCGAUUUCUGGUGGGAAGAAAAAUGUGCGCAGAACAUCCAGAGGACCGUAUUUCAGAAUUUGACUGUGAAAAGUGGAAAUUGAACAUUCCAAAUAAUGUUUCAGAAACUACUCUAUUUCAUGCUAACAAAUUAAAUUUAAACGAAGGUGAUGAAGAAACUGAAGUAGGCAUUGGAUUUGUCUUCUACAUAAAUCAUCCUAUAGUCAUCAAGUAUCUUGGAAUAAAAAAGAACAGUGUCGUUGAAGGGUUGGCCAGAGUGGUGCUCAUGGAUUUGACAUCAUCCACAAAAAUAGCUUCAGUGACUUUCAGCUCGGAUUCUUUUUCUACAGAUCAUAACAAUGAAGGUUAUAUUUACAAAAAACUUAAAUAUCCUGUAAUUUUACCAAGGGGAUUUGAAGGCAGUGUUAGAGUAGAAGAAAUGAUUGGAGCUAAAGAACAACUAAAUUAUGAAGAAAGUGUUGUGUGGAGUCAUGGAAAUUUGUUAAAAAUUCUUGGUAUUAUAAGAAAUAAUUCAACGAAGAAAAUGAAAAUUUCUAAUGUUUUGUCUACUUUUGCUUUCACUAUUAGAGAUUUGGAUCAGUUGCGUUCUCAUGAAGACGGAACACAACGAAGAGCAGAUGAAUGGUCACUUUACACAGACCAAGUCUACAACCAGUUACAACAAGAAGUUAGUCAGUACAACGAUAUUCUCCUUCUGGAUAUGGUGGACGUGUAUCGUAACCUUCCACAGAAAGUUCUGCUUUUCAUCGAAUGGGUUUACAAACAUCAUAAUGUAAAAUACAUUUUGAAAACAGAUGAUGACACAUUUAUCGACAUUCCAACUGUGAAAGCGGAAUUGAAUAAACACACUCAUUGGGAUUGGUGGUCAUGUUUCCGUGUCGGCUGGCCAGUUCACAGACGAGGAAAGUGGCGUGAGACAGUUUAUCAACGAGAGGUUUAUCCUCCAUUUCCUAGUGGAGCAGGAUACGUCCUUUCUCGCCGUGCCUUGACCUGGCUUAACACCAGAAUAGAAACUCUGUCCACCAGUUACCAAGGUGAAGACGUUGCUCUCGGAAUCUGGCUAGAAGCAAUGAACGCGUCAAGGCAUGUUGGAGAGGCAUGUUACUGGGCUUGCAAUGAAAAGUGCCAUUCCAAUACCUGUAAUGCCAUGCAGUUGACUGUCGAGGAGAUGUACCAGAUUUGGAGUGAUUACAAAGAAUGCGGUGAUAAAAUUUUCCGCUGUCCUAACAACUGAAAAGUUAUGGUUAAGACUGACAAUUCUGGAUGGCCAACGGGGAUUGUGAUUUAAUCUCGGUCUCACCCAUAGCCACCAUGGAAGUCUUGUACUGUAACGGACUGAUGGAGCAUGACU